AUGGGCCAAGACAUUGACACCGACCCUGACCUUUCGGCCGAACUCACGGAAUGGGCACUCUCCCAGGGCGCCACGGUCGAUGGCAUCGCGGCCCACGCAUUUCCCGGCAAGGGCUUGGGGAUCAUAGUGCAAAGAAGGCUAGAGGCCGGAGACACGAUCCUCAAGAUCCCAACAUCGCUCCUCCGCACGGAAUCCAGCCUACCGGACCACCUUCAAAGCCUCGCCAUCGCCAACGAAUGCAGCAUCAACGGCCUCCUUGCGCUGGACGUCUGCCUUGACACCGACGACUCGUCCGCCUCGAGUCUGUACUCCCCCUGGCGAAGCACGCUCCCGUCCUUUUUGGACGUGAAAUCUAGCAUGCCCCUCUUCUGGACCCCCGAAGCACAACACCUCCUGCCACCGCCGGGGCAGGCCCUCCUGCGCAAACAACAAUCCAAACUCCAUCGUGAUUGGACCGCCGUGUCCGAACGCGGUGUGGCAGGCUCCAGCCUCACCCUAGAGCAGUAUACCUACCGCUGGCUCCUCGUGAGCACGCGCACGUUCUACUACACUCCUGCGGAAUCAUCCCCGUCAUCCAAGUCGAGACCGAGGGGCAAGUCGAAAUCGAAAUCGAAGUCAAAAUCACACCGCCGAUCAAAGUCAAAUACAGCCACGCACCCCGGGCAACCUCGACAGGCGGACGACUGCCUCGCCAUCGUCCCCUUCGGCGACUUCUUCAACCACACCGCGAGCCCCCCAACCGUCAAAGCCACGUACUCGGCCUCCGGAUAUGACUUUGUCGUGACUUCUCCGCACGCCGGACCCGUGGAGAAAGGCACCGAGCUCUUCAUCUCCUACGGCAGCCACAGCAACGAUUUCCUGCUCGUCGAGUACGGCUUCAUCCUGCCCGAGGGGCAUAAUGCGCACGACGCGCUGAUUCUCGACGAGGUGGUCCUCCCGCUUUUCGACCCCGAGCAGACGGCCGUGCUCGAGGCGGCGGGGUAUUUGGGUAAUUACGUCCUAGCUGCCAUUCCUAGUGGUAGCAGCAAUGGUGGCGGCGGCGACGACGACGACGACGACGACGACGACGACAACGCCGAUGGUCUUAACCCCCCCAACGAGGAUCAAAAUGGCAACGAAUGCGUCAAGGACGCAGAAGUAGAAGCAGAAGUGGUGUGUUAUCGCACGACCACGGCGCUCAGACUACUCUGCAUGCCAUUCCGCUGGUGGAAAAGGGGACUGGAAUGCGGGUUUGACGAGGGAGAUUCAUUUCAGGGCGCGGUGAAGGAGUUGAUAGGGAAGCUACUGCGGACGUAUAUUGACAUGGCGGGGCAAAAGAUACAGCAGGUGGCCAAACUUGAUGACGGUGCCUAUGCCGACCAGAAAGACGUGCUGACGAGGAGAUGGGCACAGAUCCUCGCCUUGUUGACUGCUGCGAGCAAGCGAGUGCGAUAA